GGUCAGUAUUCCAUAGCUAUUCUCUCCUCUCGCUUCUUGACUUUCUUGAUUUCUCUUCUUUACUUCCGGAACUGCCCCAUUCUUACCAACUCACAUCACGAGAUUAUGGAGACGUAUUCGUGAUUUGUGAGAUUUAUGACUGAUGUCCUCCUGUAAUGGCGAGCAUGGUAGUAGGUCUGCCAAGAGAAAACUUCAACGUCGCCAUGCAAGAUCUUACACUGCAUCAUACAUUCCUUCAGAGCCUCAAUCCGACUACUUCCAUAGAGGUCAUGUGGGAAAUCUUCUUUUUGGCAGACAGAAAACAACAAAAACAGAAGAACUAAUAUAUGUUCGUCGUAAACAGAAGAAACCAUAUUCAGCAGUUACCGUCGCUAUCGAACGUCUCACUAGCGAAGAAAACGAAGACGGUGCCUAUGGGGGUAUUCCAGAUUUGGUAGAUGUUAUCAAACUUCAGUCUACCGGCCCUAGAGAAGCCACUAGAGCUCUUCGAAAGAAGCUCAAAUAUGGCAAUGUCCAACGUCAACUUCGAGCUUUAGAGAUUUUGGAUGGCCUCGUUCAGAACGCCGGCCCAAAGUUUGAACAUGUUUUCGCCUCCGAUGAUGCUUUCCUCGAACGUCUACGUGUCUGUGGUGUUUCGAGUACUUCAGACCCUGCAGUGAAAGCUAAGUGCAGAGAGCUAUUUCGAGGCUGGGCUGUUAAAUAUAAGAAGGUUUCUGGAAUGGAAGAUGUCGUCAAUCUCCUUCAUGCACUACCCGAUACAAGGAAGGUUGUCACGCAAGAUAGAUCGAAAGUUCUCCGUGAAACAGAGGAAAAUCCCUUCCAAGAUGACGAGCUUGAGGAACCAUCUACACCUAGUUCUUCUAAGCCAGGUCCCUCUAAAGCUGAACCCUCUCACUCAAGACAAAGCUCUUUAACAACUGCAUCUGCUAGUACCAGAGAACGUGCAUCCUCAAUCAUGUCUGGAUCUGCUAAGAAGGUCAAGAAAGAUGAUAAAAAGGACAAGAAGAAGAAACACAAGCCUUUCAACCUAGAAGCAGAGAAAGAAGCAAUGAAAGCUGCUAUCGCAGAAUCAACUGUUGCAUCAACUAAUCUCUUGAACGCAUUGAGACAUAUCGAUCGAGAGAAAGAGCGAAUUUCUGAAAACAGAAUGGCCUCGCAGUAUUUUGAUACCUGUAAAUUGCUACGAAGAAAGAUUCUCCGAUAUAUCCAACAUGUAGAGGCCGAGGAGUGGCUUGGAGGGCUUCUUCACGCAAACGAUGGAUUGGUCAAUGCCUUGAUGACAUUUGAACAACUGGAUAGAUCGAUUGAUGCAGACAGUGACUCUGACGACGAAAUGGCCGAGCAAGCUCAUCUCUUCAAAAUGGCGGAGAUUAACAAUGCGGAACGCAGGGCAGAAAGGGGAGCUAGUGAUUCAACAACACAGCAAUUACAUAGUCUUGCACUCGGUACAGGCCCGCUUACAGGCCCACAUAGUCCAACCAAACCGGCUCAUCGCCCUGCACCACCUACUCCGGUGCAAUCGACUUACCCGAGAGCACAGGAAUCGGAGGAAUCGGAGGAUGAAGAAGAUGAGAAUGAUCCAUUUGCUGAUCGCAAUGCGUUUGAUUGAGCGUAGUUUUUGGGUGCUUCGUUAUAUUGGAACACUACCAUCUGGAUGGCGAAUUGCCGUAUUUUGGUUGGUGGGGAUUGACAGUUUGGAAAGCGAAUGGGAGUUGUUGCAUUGGCUUGUCAUAGCAUGAAUGGAGGAAUUUCUUUGGGGGGCGGGGCGGGGCGGUGCAGUGCAGUGCAGUGAGGUGUGAAACUUGGUGGGGAUGGACUGAGGCUGAAAUAAUGAUGGACA